UAAAAAUACACCGUUGGCUAUGGUGUCUCACCGUUGAGAACCACCACUGAUGAUCACUCAGCUCCUCUUCAUCUGGGGUUUGUCCAAGGCAUCAUGGCAACAGAUGCGCCCUGCAGCGCAUCGGGAUGACCGAACUUGACAAAUAGCGCCUCUCAAAUUUUCUAAUGGUGAUCGCUGUGUGCGUUGUGGGGUUUCGGAGCAGCUAUGCGCAAAGUCAUAGGUAACACAUUGCUAUCUUCGAAUCGACAGCCGGGGGAUAUGUUUCACGGUACGAAUUCUAGGAACGACCCGUCUGGCAGAAAAGAGGGCGGUGCUUUCAGCAGAGUGUGGAGAAGAUCGGAAAAGCAUUCCACGCAGGAGCCCGGUGGAAGGAUCGUGGGAGGACAUGUGUGUCGUGUAGCCUAGCACCAUCCCAAACAAGGCAAUUGGCCGCACCGGCGGUAGAACAGGGUCGCACUUAUUGAGGAGCUGUCUGCUAGUGGGUUGGGUAGACUCAAGGGAAUGAUCAUUGCGGAAAAUUGGGUGGCUUGUG